AUGUCCGCACGCACCUCUACUCGUGCACAUGAGAGUAGAAGGAGGACAGGAGACACACGCACUAAGCAUGUUAUCCCCCCCCCCUCCCCCCUCCCACAUGCGAUUAGCAGCAGCAGGAGCAGCGCCAGCCAACCUGUGCUCCUCGUUGUGUCUUCAGGGAGCCUGUCAGCCUCCGUCUCUCCUCUUCUCCUCCCUUCUUCUGCCCACGUGCCACCCCUUUCACCUUAA